AUGAAUCCUCAUAAUUCAAACCAAACCUUUCCAUCAGCACCACCUGGUUUCUCUUUACCAAACCCAAACCUCAACCUAAACCUAAAUCUAAGUCCAAACCUGGAACAACCUAACACCAGCACCACUACCACCACCCCAAGAAUGGCGAUGAUCCCACUUGUUCGAAUGAUGGAUCUAGAGUUACCGGAAAAGCGUCAGUGGCGUAACAUUAUUCGAAGGACUAGGAUGGUGUUUGAUUCGGUUCGUGUUUUGGUCAUGGCAGAAGAAGAAGAAGAAGAAGAAGAAGAAGAAGGAAAUUUUAAUGUUAGGAGAGUGAGAAGUGAUUUGAAAGCUUCUGCUACGAUGAGGAGUCGAGGAUUGUGGCUGAAUUGCGAUAAGAGGAUUGUUGGCGCGAUUCCCGGGAUUUGUAUUGGUGAUGUGUUUUUGUAUAGGAUGGAGUUGUGUGUGGUUGGUUUACAUGGUGAACCACAAGCUGGGAUCGAUUAUUUUCCUGGGAGUAUGAGUUCAAUUGGCGAUCCGAUUGCUACUAGUGUGAUUGUUUCUGGUGGGUAUGAUGAGGGUGAUGUUGACGAAGGUGAUGUUAUUAUUCUCUCGGGUCAUGGUAGGCAGGAUAAGAAUCCGAGGCAGGUUUUUCAUCAGAAGAUAGAAGGUGGGGAUCUUGCUAUGGAGAGGAGUAUGCAUUAUGGGAUUGAGGUAAGGGUCAUUCGUGCUGUGAGGUACCAAGGUACUUCUUCGACUUCAGGUAAGGUUUAUGUUUAUGAUGGUUUGUAUAGGAUUGUUGAAUGCUGCAGGUUUGAUGUUGGUAAAAAUGGUUUUGGUGUUUUUAAGUUUAUGUUAUCGAGGAUUGAUGGUCAAGCUAAGAUGGGUAGUUUAGUUUUAAAGGAGGCUUUUUUGCGUAAGCAAGAUCCUUCUUGUUAUAAACCUAUGUGUGUUAUAUCUCAUGAUAUUUCCAACAAGAUGGAGCGUGUUGGUAUAAGGCUUUUUAAUGAUAUUGAUGAAUGUAAAGAUCCUAUGUAUUUUGAGUAUCUUCCUAGGGCUACUUUUUUUGCCUUUGAGUUUCAUCCAAAGGGGAAUGAGACAGGUUGUAAAUGUGUGGGCAGUUGUGGGGAAGGAUGCAUUUGUUUCAUGAAAAAUGGUAACAGCUUUCCUUAUAGUCAAAGCGGGUUUCUCUUGAAAGGAAAGCCGGUCAUUUUUGAAUGUGGUCCUUCUUGUAGCUGUCUGCCUCAUUGUCGGAACCGUGUCACGCAACAAGGGCUUAAUCAUAGAUUGGAAGUGUUUAGAUCUUUGGAAACUGGUUGGGGAGUUAGGUCAUUCGACCUUAUUCAAGCUGGCACGUUUAUAUGCGAGUACAGUGGCGUUGUUCUAACAAGGGAGCAAGCAGAAAUUAUGACUAUGGGUGGUGAUUCAUUAAUAUAUCCAAAUCGUUUUCCGAAGAGGUGGACGGAAUGGGGUAAUUUAUCUCUGAUACAAGAUGGUUAUGCGCCUCCUUCGUAUCCAUCAAUUCUUCCUUUGAAUUUUGCUCUGGACGUGUCUAGAAUGAGGAAUGUGGCUUGCUAUAUAAGUCAUAGCUCAACGCCAAAUCUGAUGGUUCAGUUUGUUGUGUAUGAUUGCAAUAAUCAAUUUUACCUUAAAACUAUGCUGUUUGCGAUGGAGAACAUCCCUCCAUUAAGAGAGUUCAGCCUUGAUUAUGGUGUAGUUGAUGAUGAGUUGAUUCGCAAGCCCGCAAUGCACAAUUGAAUAUGUUGACAGCUUCCCAAACUUUAUAUUAUGCUGAAGCCAUGUUGUGGGCAUGCUUUCAUUGAAGCAAGAUAACUCCUUCCAUUUAGUGUAUUUAUUGUGUCCAUUGUCUUCCAUUUGAUUUUAUUGUACUUUCCUUUUGAGCUUUAUCGAAUCUUCAAUGUAAACUCUUUUAGCCAUA